AAAAAGUGUCAAAACACCCCUAUCUCUCCGGUCUUGUAAGUCUGAUCAAGCUGAAAUUUUUUUGUUUAAAAAAAUAUUAUUCUCCUGAUUUUUGGUACAGCUGACAAAAAAAAUGUGCUUUUUAGGAUACCUUCGAUAUUUUGGCUUUUUUAUUCGAAGAUCAAAAAAUGAAAGAACCCUUAUCUUAAACAGUGUCUAGUGUCUGUAGAAAAACUUUUGUAGUUUGGAGAAACAGAGGCGAUCAUUUUCCACCAUUGUGAUCCUGAUAUUUCAUAGAGGACUGAAUUCGAGAAUUUUGAGUCUAUAACAACUUUUGUUCAACUCGUCACGAUCUAUCUAUUCUUUCUUUGUUUGUAUACUCAUUCAUUUUAUUUGGGUUUGAUUUAAGUGGUCAGUCGAAAUAAAUGAAAUCGUCAGUAAAAAAAAAUAUACAAAUGAUCAGUAUAUAGAUAUAUUGAACGGUCAGUACUGAAUUACAAAAUGGUCAGUUUAUUGCAUAUUAUGAGCAGUAAAGAAUUUAGUUUCGGCCAAUGAAAAGUAUAGAUUUCAUCAGCAGAAUUUUUUCAUUCAUAUAAAAUAGUUUAUGGAUAUGGAUUCUAACAGACUUUCAUUUCAUACACAUCCACAUCCUUCAGCUUGGAUAAAUAGUACCUUUUUUCAAUGUCUCUAUCAUAUAGCAGAUAAAUACUUGCUCUACAUUGAAGUCCACGGCGCUUGUCUUUGUUACAUUUUCAAUAAGCUGUUCUCAUUUCAUAUGAUGUUUUCACCAUGCAUUUUCAUUUGGUGUUUCUGUUCUAUCAACAUUAUGCAGUGCAGCUUCAUCCACUCAAUAUUUUAGUUUCUUUUGUUUGGCAACAUCUUUCGUUUCGAUUUGUUUCAUCAUUCCACAACCUUUUCAUCUGAGUAACAUGUACCACACCCAUCUUUUACUUUUCUAUUCUAGCGCCUCUUUUACAACUUUAACAGUAAGACGUAUAAAUAUAAACGUGACAUGCUGUUGGAGUCGUUGAGGACAAGGUCUAUAUUCCUUCCACUCAGAUUCUCACACGAAGGGAAGUAAAAGAAUUAAAGAAAGUUAAAUUUAUUACAGUCAUUGCAACUUGAAUAGCCGUCAAGUAAAAUAAGAUAAAUGCAGUUUCUCCUAGACUCCUCUGGUACUCGAAAACGAAGAAAAGAGUCAAUCACACUAUAAUGCAUUUCAAUUUCUAUACUUACCCUUUGUUUUAAUUGAGUUUUAGUAAAUUUUAUUAAGUAACCUUUCAAUUUAAAAACAAACCUUUUUAUUCAUCGAUAACUGACCAUUUAAGUAAUUUGAUAAUAAAUUAUUCAAUUUAUUGGUUUUUUGAAUUAUUUAACUUACUACUGAUCAUUUCAUUUAUGUUACUCACCAAAUGUUUUGCUCCGAUUUUUUUGUUGAGACUCCCAAAGAAUAAAAGACCAAUAUUGAUAUAUAUGGGGGUGGUCAAUUUGACUGGUACCCCGUUUUGAUACAGUCCUAUUGUACGGAUAAACCUACUAUUGUCCGGGCCAUAUAAUAGAGGAUCCUUUAUAACUCUGGAUUGGCCCGAACAACAUCAUGUCUUAUCCGUAUAAUAGUAGAGAAAAGCUACUAGCCACAAUCGUGAGCUGGUAGCUUUUUCCUACUAUUGUAAGGAUAAGACAUGGUGUUGUUCGGGCCAAUCCAGGGUUAUAUAGGAUCCUCUAUUAUAUGGCCCGGACAAUAGUAGGUUUUAUCCGUACAAUAGAACUGUAUCAAAACGGGGUACCAGUCAAAUUGACCACCCCCAUAUAUAUUGUUUUUUCUUUUAUUUUAAAGUCAAAGUUAUACUAUGAUUAUAAUACAAGUUCGAGUAAUGAACAAGCUUUAUUACGACCAGUAUUAAAUAUAGUUGAAAAUGGAAUUGUGCCAAGAAAAACUUCAACAUUUAGUAUAUUCUUUCCUUGUUUAACAACAAAUCGAGUUAAUUGUUCAGUAUUAUUUCGAUUGUAUAAUUCAACAACAAAUCAUACAUCAAUGAUUAUACCUUUAAAAUUUAUGAAAUAUUGUCGAGAUGAAACAAUGAAUCAUUCUUUGCUUUCUCAAUUUUAUAAUUCAAAUCAAAUUAUUGAUUAUUUACUGAUGAAAGAAUCUCGACAUCGAGAGUUCGCAUCAAUAACAAUAACAACUAUAUUCGCAUAUUCAUUAAUUAUUGCUUUUGUUGUUUUUUUAAUUGUAUUUUGUACGGCUAUAAGCUUAUUUUGUCUUUUUCGAAUGACAACAACAAAGAAGACAUUAUCAAAAGAUUUGAUUCAUGAUACUCAAGAUUAUCCAAUACUACCCGCGUCAUUUGAUAUGACAACUUUUGAAGAUGUUAGUCUAUAUUCAUGUACUCAGUAUGAUUUUACGAAAACAGCUGAUGAACUGUUAUCUUCAGUAACUUUUGCUGAUUGUACUAUUGAUCAGAAUCAUGUUAUACUACAUGAAAUCAUUAUGGAAGGUACACUGGUUUAUUUAUUUUUUUGUUGA